CGUGGACACACCUUAAAUGCAAAAGAGAAAGGGCUUCCAAAUGAUAGGAUUCAAAAAUGAUCAGCAGCCUCCACUAUUCUUUCUAUACAAUUCUCUACUUCUUCGCUAACAUUCCCAUCUCUCUCUAACGGCUACCUAUUCCAUUGAUUUUGAUUUCAGAAGUUUUAGAUUCUGAGCGUCGCUUGUUUGUAUUCUUCAUGGGUUUCAGUGCUCCACUGCACUGAGUACCCCAAAGAUUACCAGCAGCUAACGGCAAAGAUUAUUUGAAACUCCUUCAAAUAGAGUUGAUGGUGAUAGUUUAGUCCUUGUCGCAACCACAUCUUUUUCUUGAUCUUGACAAUAUCACCUUUUUCCCCACUUCUCUUUUCUAUCACUUUCCCGGGAAAAACAAACCAAACUAAGGGGGGAAGAUCACCAUGAGUGACAGUUUGUCUGAUUUUCUUGAUGAACAUGAGUUUGGCGACACUACCUUAGACGGAGAUGAUCUUUUUGCUAUUUUUGAGAGUUUAGACAGUGUAGCUGAGUUUCCGCCGGUCACGCCAUCUGAUGAAGUUGCUGUUAGUUCAAAAGAAAAUGAUGAAACGACAAGGCUAGUAUCGCAGAAGUCUACUUCUUCUAGUGCUCUUGUAGAGUCUGAGACCGAGCAAGAAACUUCACCAAAAAAUAAGAGACAAAAGACGACAGCUUCUUCAGAGGAAGCAAUAAACACAGAUGGCCAGCAACGGAAGUCUCACAUUACAGUAGAACGCAACCGGCGAAAGCAAAUGAAUGAACAUUUGUCGGUGUUGAGAUCACUCAUGCCUUGUUUCUAUGUCAAGAGAGGAGACCAAGCAUCAAUAAUUGGAGGUGUUGUAGAUUACAUCAAUGAGUUGCAGCAAAUUCUACAGUCUCUUGAAGCCAAGAAACAAAGGAAAGUGUAUAGUGAAGUACUUAGCCCCAGAAUAGUUUCGAGUCCAAGACCUUCUCCACUUAGCCCUAGAAAGCCACCAUUAAGUCCUAGACUUAACUUACCUAUUAGCCCAAGAACUCCGCAACCAGGUAGCCCAUAUAGGCCUAGGUUACAGCAAGCAGCAGGUUAUCUCUCCCCCACCAUGGCCAGUGCUUCACUUGAGCCAUCUCCUACUUCUUCUUCUUCUUCUAUUAAUGAUAAUAUCAAUGAACUUGUUGCUAAUUCCAAGUCUGCCAUUGCUGAUGUUGAGGUAAAGUUCUCUGGCCCAAAUGUUCUAUUGAAAACAGUAUCUCCCAAGAUUCCCGGUCAAGCUGUGAAGAUAAUUUCUGCUCUUGAACACCUCUCGCUAGAGAUCCUUCAUUUCGACAUUAGCACUGUUGAUGAGACCAUGCUUAAUUCCUUUACCAUCAAGGUAAGACUUAGAAAUAUAUACAUAUAUAUAUAUAUAUAUAUCCAUCCUUACGUGAUUAUAAUUUCUUUAGAUUUUCUUCAUUUAGCACAAUCUUAUUUAUGGUUUUUACUAUUUCUUUUACUAUUUGUGUCUGUUUCAUGCAAAUAUAUUGAUAUAAUAGCAUUCGAAUUGCAGAUUGGUGUUGGUGACGAAAAAAAAUAUGAAAUGGAUUCAUUUAGCAGCAUUGUACUUGCACUUUCAAUUAGAUAUUAUAUUAAUUAUGCAUAUUAAUUUCUCUCUUAAAUUUCUGA